AUGAUCAGUCAGAACACUAUUUCUGCGACAGGGACACGUAAAAUCCGCCCCAAAAACGUUGUCUUCAACCUUAUAUACUACAUUCCUCGAUUCCACCAAGGAGCUACGCCAACUCUCCCAAAAGCUACCAUCACCAACACCACAAACCAGCUCAUGGAAGCCCUUUGUGGAAACAAAAAAAAAAAGAAAAGGCCCGUUUCUGCGUCUACCUCGAACGGCACAGCCAGUUCCUCGGUGAAGGCACUAUAUGACUUGCAUAUUUCUACUGUUUCUAAACGCUCCUUUCUCCCCAACUUCCACCUGGCAUUCUCUGCCUCUGUCUACACCCCUUCCUCCCCGUAG